CCUAAAUGAGGCUAGCCUAGUUAAGCCUGAUCUUUUUCCGUUUGUGAAAAGAGCUGAGCAGAGCUGAAGGCUGCAUGGUGGUUUCAGAAACUGCUUCCUUAAUUUGAGAAAAGAACAAUGGUAGGAAAGGCUAGAUCUUCCAAUUUUACCUUAUCUGAAAAGCUUGAUUUGCUAAAACUUGUGAAGCCAUAUGUGAAAAUCCUCGAAGAACACACUAAUAAGCAUUCAGUAAUAGUGGAAAAGAAUAGAUGUUGGGAUAUCAUAGCAGUUAACUAUAAUGCAAUUGGAGUAGACCGCCCUCCUCGAACAGCGCAGGGCCUACGCACCCUUUACAAAAGGCUCAAAGAAUAUGCCAAACAGGAGCUAUUGCAGCAAAAAGAUACCCAAUCAGAUUUAAAAAGCAGUAUUUCUGAGCCAACCAAGAAAGUUAUGGAGAUGAUUCCCCAGAUUUCCAGUCUUUGCCUGGUAAGAGACAGGAACCACAUACAAAGUGCAAACUUGGCUGAGGAGGCACAGGCUGGUACCAGUUCACUACAGGUAAUGUUGGAUCAGCAUCCAGUUGCUAUUACAGUGGAGGUGAAGCAAGAAGAAGACAUUAAGCCCCCUCCUCCACUGGUUUUAAAUUCGGAACAGAGUUAUACUUUAGAGCAAAGAGAAGAACAUGAAUUAGUACAUGUUAUGGACAGAUCUGUGUCGCCGUCACUUUCCUCUGUUGACAUGAGAAUGACAUCGUCUCCAUCUUCCAUCCCAAGGAGAGAUGACUUUUUUCAUCAUGAGUGUGGGGGACACUUUAGGUCACAGUUAGGGUAUGAUCCUCAGAUUCUGCAAAUGCUGAAAGAGGAGCAUCAGAUAAUUUUAGAAAAUCAAAAAAAUUUUGGAUUAUAUGUUCAGGAGAAGAGGGAUGGAUUGAAAAGAAGGCAGCAGCUAGAAGAAGAGCUGCUACAAGCAAAAAUUGAAGUGGAGAAGCUGAAAGCAAUUCGCUUACGGCAUGAUCUGCCUGAAUAUAAUAGCUUCUAAAUUUUUUUCAGUUUCACAAUAUGAUAAUUUAAAUUUUGGCCAAGUUACUUUAUCUUGGGAAUGUCUUAAAGCAGAAUAUGUAUUAUAAUGUAUCGUUAAUCUCUAUUAUGAAAAAAACUUUUGACAUUUUUUAAAUAAUUUUCUUUUGAUAUAUAUUAUAAUUUUUUGAUUGUAUGGCUUGGUUUUAUUAUUUUGUCUCCUCUGUUUUUUUUUCCUAAUAAGUUUAAUUGUUGACUUACAAAAGAUGUUAUAUUUUGAUCAUUAAAAUAUAACAUACAUAAUUAUAUACACAAACACAUAAGUAGUCUUUCAAAGCUCUAUCUUCAACAUUUUAAAUUAGAGCUUUGAAAAGCUGUAGUUCAAGGUUUUUAAUUCAGUCUAAUUUAGAAGCAAUACUAGCCCAAUAACAGGAAGCUUGUCUUUAUGACAUUGAUUUUUAUGCUUUCAUUUUUUGAAGGAGUAAGUCCUAUGACUUUAGUGAUGGAAAGUAUUUGGAGAUCACUUUUUACCCCCUUUUCAAUUUAGAAGCUAAUAAAACUGAGGUCCAGAAAGAACUCAAUGACUUACUUGAUAUAACAAAACUAUUUAUGGCAGAGCAAGGACCAGCACUGCGUUUUUGUUUGUAAUUUCCCCCCCUACUAUUCAUAGAAAUAAAGAUUCAUUAAAGCUAACCUCCAUAUUAAAAAAAUUGGAGGUGCUUAUUUCAUUAAAAUAGUUUUUAAAGAUUGGGAGGUUAUGAAAUCAGGGGAAUUGUAUCAAUUAUCCCCAUCCCCCACCCACCUUUUUUUUUUUUUUUGCCAGAAAAAUAAGAUAAUCUCUUGGAGUUAUUAUAUAUCUUGGCUGUAAGAUUUAAUGUUUUAAUUCACUUUUAAUGUCUUAUUCUGGAAAAGAUUUCACAGUAAAAAUUUUAAUGAACAAAAUUAAAAUUUUACAUAGAUUAGAAGUAGCAAAAAGUAUGUUUAUAGUUUAUGAUAUAAUCUGUAAUGUUUUUUUAACUAUUGCUAUUUUAGUAUUUGUGGAAAUAAAACUUUCAUUCUUAAAGCACACAUAUUAAAUUUAAGUUAAAUCUUUAGUAUGUAUAUUACUUACCGAUUUCUAUUUUUGCUAAAGCUUUGUUGAGGAAGGAUUUUUAAGCCAAGCUUUAGAAUGGGUAGGCAGAAUUUUAGCAGUACAGUGGGGAAAGGACAUUUAAGUCAAAGUGAGCAGCAUGAAAAAAGGCCUAGAGAAUGGGGAGAAGUGGAUCAUCGUGGACAAGCACAAAUACAGUACUAAACCAGAUGAUUGUACAUGAGUGUAGAGGGCCCAUUAAGAUAGUGGUAAUCUUAAGACAUCUUCCUUGACUGUAGCUACUGUUUAGUUCCUGGAGACUUUUUACAUGCACAAUAAGCCAGAGAUCCGCAUUUUAUGUGAAAAAUUUUCCAAUUUUAAAAUGUUGCAAAUAAUUUAAAAUGUUUAAAACACUACACUGACAAAACAUGUGAGUGGAUGUCAUUCAGCCUAUGGGCUUCCUUUGUGGCCUUAGGAGUAGAGCAGUGUUCACCAAGAGUAGAUCCUGACGAGUAGUAUCAGCAUCACUUCAGAACUUGUGAGAAAUGUAAAUUCAUGUCUUUUGAAUUAGAAACUUUGGAGGUGGAGUCCAGCAAUAUUUUCACAAACCCUCAGUUUGAGAACCACUAGACAAUAUUUUGGAACUUAUCUUGGUGCCUACAUCAUAUUAGAUUCUCAAAAAAUUUUGUUGAAAAGAGGAGUAAAAGUGAGUUAAGGGAUAUCAAUUUGGAAGGUGGUUGGUGCCAGAUUAUAGAUUACAUUAAAAACUAUUUUUAGCCCUGGCCUGGUUGGUUUGAGGGUCCUCCUAAUAAGCCUAGGUUGCAGGUUCGAUCCCCGGUCAGGGUACAUACAAGAAUCAACCAAUGAAUGCAUAAAUAAGUAUAAUAACAAAUCGAUGUUUUUUUCUCUUUCCCCCUUCUCUCUCUCUCUAAAAUUAAUCAAUAAAUAAAAAGUAAACUUUUUAAGGAAUCAGACAUGAAUGUAAAAUGGGAAGCCAUUGAAGGCUUUUGAUUAGGAGGAUAUAAAUUAGAGUUCUAAGUUAGUGUUAUAAUAGCAUCUUGUAGUGAGAGUAAAGGAAGUCUGAAAUUUAGGUUAUGGCUAUAGAAAUAGAAAUAAUAAAAUAAAGUGGACAGUUAGGAUAUUAUUUUAGCUUGUUGAUUGCUUAAUUUCAUUGACAUUUUAUAUCUGCUAUUAGAUUUAAAUAUUUUAUACAAAUGCCUUGAAUAUAUAAUAUGAUAUAUCAUUUUGACAAUUUCAUCAUCUUUAAUCUGUACUAUGACUUCUUUGAGUCUAAUAAAUUUUAUAAUUGUAAUUUGAGGUAAUGUUUUUACAAUAUAAUUCUAGAAAAUGCAUUCUUAUAAUAGUUUAACUUUUUGAGAUUAUUGAAAGCAAAUUACUGUAUAUAAAGUAAUUCAUAUUUCAGUCUCAGCAUGUACUACUCAGAACUGAUGAUGAAUGUUUAAUUUGAAUAUUCUGUGCAGCUAAAUCAGAGUUUUCCAAAAUAUGUCCUGUGAGAAUAAUUCUGUGAGUUGUUUCUAGGAAAGAGUUUUGUGUUAAUAAAAAGUACAACAUGCAUCUUUUUUGUGUAAUUAGGUUCUAAAAUUAGUGUUGAAGGUAAACAUGUGUAUACAAAAUUGCCCUUGGAAGUUCUUUUGCUGCCCAUAAGUUGUAAACAUAGUCUGCUACUGUCAGAUUUUCUCCAGUAUUGGUCAAGAUUGUUGUUGCCGUCCUAUAUCUUUUCUUACCCACAUGAACUUAAAUGGUACAUUGUAGGUUUUUUAUUUUAUUUUAUUUUAUUUUAUUUUAUUUUA